CAGCAGCAUUUGUCACGUCCUCUUUUUUUUUUCUUCUUCUUUUUGCCUUUCUCAGAGUUUUGCUUCUUCAUCUAAAAGAUCUAUCAAUCUUUCCCGAAGUAGAUAUAGAUGUUCUCUCUCCCUCUAUCUCUCUCGUGACCCAAACCUAACAUUCUUCUUACCCUCUCUCGAGUAAAGAGAUCUGUUAUCGCCGUCGUUACGAUUUAGAAUCGCCACACAAAUUUUUUGAUCUCUCCUUCGAUUUCUUCGGUAAUGAGUUCCACCGCGGUAUCUUCCACCGUCGGAGGAGGCGGAUCGGGUGAGCCUUCUUCCGGUGUGAGGAGAACAUCUAAGCGACCAAAAUAUUCUAAGUUUACUCAGCAGGAGCUUCCAGCGUGCAAGCCAAUUCUUACUCCAAGAUGGGUAAUCCUAACAUUUCUAGUCGCUGGGGUUGUCUUCAUUCCCCUUGGAGUCAUCUGCUUAUUUGCUUCUCAAGGAGUCGUCGAGAUUGUUGAUCGAUAUGACACAGACUGCAUUCCACCAUCGUCUAGAAACAACAUGGUCGCUUACAUACAGGGUGAAAGAGAGAAGAUAUGUAACAGAACAAUAACGGUGACAAAAGCUAUGAAGCGUCCUGUCUAUGUUUACUACCAACUUGAGAAUUUCUACCAAAACCAUAGACGAUAUGUGAAAAGUCGAAACGAUGCACAGCUAAGAAAUCCAAGAGACGAGCAUGAUGUGAAGACCUGUGCACCUGAGGAUAACGUGGGUGGGGAACCAAUUGUUCCAUGUGGUCUUGUUGCUUGGAGUUUGUUCAACGAUACUUAUACCUUUUCAAGAAACAGCCAACAACUUCCUGUGAAUAAGAAAGGCAUCUCAUGGAAGAGUGACAGAGAAAACAAGUUUGGGAAAAAUGUCUUCCCUAAAAACUUUCAGACAGGAGCGCCUAUAGGCGGUGGAAAACUCGAUACUAAUAAAUCGUUGAGUGAGCAAGAAGACCUCAUAGUCUGGAUGCGAACGGCAGCUUUGCCAACAUUUAGGAAGCUGUAUGGGAAGAUUGAGACGGACCUAAACGCGGGUGAUACGAUAGUGGUGAUGUUGAAGAACAACUACAACACGUACAGCUUCAAUGGGCAGAAGAAGCUAGUGCUAUCAACAACUAGCUGGCUCGGUGGAAGGAACGAUUUCCUAGGGAUUGCUUAUCUGACAGUAGGCAGCAUUUGCUUGUUCUUGGCAGUUACAUUCGCCGUAUUGUAUCUAGUUAAGCCAAGGCAACUGGGAGAUCCCUCGUACCUUUCGUGGAACAGAAGUGCUGGAGGUUUACAAUAACAGAGUUGCUCAGGGCAAUCAGGCGUGAUCCCCUCCAUAGUCAAACGACCUAGUUUUGUUUGACCUAACAAAAGAGAAAGAGAAAAUAUAGUCCGUUUUAUAUGAUUUGAUAUUGUUGAAAACAAACGUUUUUUUUUUCUUUUUUUUUUGGGUCAUGUCGUUGUUAAGAUACUGGACAGUAAAUGGUGUUUAGAAAAAAAUAAUGUAAAUGAAUUUAGUUCGAAGUUGCAUUAACCAGAGAAUUUUGUUUA